CACGGAUACACACGGCUUUUGCAUUGACGACACUGUGACUUCUAGCUGGAUCUCUGCUUGCGGUCUGCGUGCCCGCCAGUGCCUCUGCCUCGUCGAGAGCGCGAGGUCGGAGGGCUGCGUUUGCGGAUGGAUGGCAGACAGUCAGUCCCUGAUCACCUACCUGCAAGUCAAGGCCUGGCUGCCAUGGCCUCACGCGCGUCCAGGGCCGUCGCGUCACCACAGCUGUUGUUUGGUCGCAAUUCUUCACACUCGGCGCAAGGCGUCGUGCGCCCUCUGCUUGCUGCACACAAUUUCCCACCGACGUGACGCGCAAGAGUAACUGAGAGCGAGCUUGUUGCAAUCAAAUGACGACAGCGUGAGUCGGCGACCCGCUGCAGACAACCUUACUCCAGACACCUAACACCAAGAGGAGGCAAGGGAAUAGGGAUGCAGUACCGUACAGUACGUACGCCUGUUCCUUCGGCUUCCGAGAAUCGCGCGCUCCCUCUGCUCGCAGUCUCCCCGCCGCAAUAUCCGCCAUCUCGUGCGAUCCGCUCAGUCCUCAGCAAUUUCUAUUCGCCGAGCUUAACAGCAAGCACACUUUGCCGCCCUCACCCCCCACUCGAGCUUGAUGCAAAAGAGGAUGCGGGAAUUGCAUGGCUUCCUUUGCAAGCGCGGGCGGACCUUCGGGAACGCUAGCGGGACUCGCGAAUGGGAAAACAAGACCAAAAAAAAAACAAAAAAAAAGGUCCCACCCACGAGUGAGAGUAGUCUGAAUGUGGGGGUGGUCCAAUCAAAAUCCAGAUUCAAGAAUCGCCAAUGUGAAUGUUGAAGCGUCGCCGCACUUUGUAACGAACGAGCCUUUGCCCCGAACAUUGUGCGCUGGCGAGAAGCAGCGGGCGUGCUGGCACUCUUGAAACUUGGAAGAGCUCUUACUUCCAGAGUGCGAGGUCGUCCAGCCUCGACAAGUCUUGCUCUAUAUCCAGUCACGAGUGAGACAGACGCGGCACCCAAAAAAAAAAAAAGGAAAGACCUGAUCGCGAAGGGAUGUGCGUG